AUGUCUGACUUAGAUGAAGAUUUGUUAGCUUUGGCUGGUGCCGAUGAAUCUGAAGAAGAAGAUCAAGUUUUGACUACAACAUCUGCCAAGAGAGCUAAAAACAAUGACCAAUCUCUCUCCAAAAAGCGGAGGAUUGAAGUUGGGAAUGCAGAAGAAGACGAUGAAGAGGAUGAGGAUGAGGAGGAUGAUUACAAUCCUUACUCUGUAGGAAAUGCAAGCUAUGGAUCCGAGGAAGUAGAAGAGCCCAAUCCAUUUCCCUUGGAAGGUAAGUACAAGAAUGAAAGCGACAGGGAGCACCUAGAGUCCUUGCCUGAAAUGGAACGUGAAACGUUGUUAUUUGAAAGAUCUCAAAUAAUGCAAAAGUACCAGGAAAGGAAACUUUUUAGAGCACGUGGAAGAGACAUGAAGGAACAACAACAAAGAGCCAAGAAUGACGAAGAUUCUAGAAAAACCAGGACUUCUACUAGGUCAACACAUGCUACUGGUCAUUCUGAUAUAAAGGCUUCAAAACUUUCCCAACUAAAGAAACAAAGAGCAAGAAAGAAUCGUCACUACAGCGACAACGAAGGCGAGGUAGAUGAUGAAGACGAGUACAGAGAAGAUGAUUAUAAAGAUGAUGAAGGGAGUGAAUACGGAGAUGACGAAGAGUAUAAUCCUUUUGAUAGAGGUGACUUAUACGAUAAGAGGGAAGAAGAAGUGGAAUGGGCGGAAGAGGAAGACGAGCUGGACAGGGAGCCUGAAAUUUCUGAUUUCAACAAAGUAAGGAUUGGCCGUUCAUUUGUCGCAAAAUUUUGUUUUUAUCCUGGGUUUGAAGAUGUCGUCAAAGGUUGUUAUGGUAGAGUUAACGUUGGUACAGAUAAACGUACAGGCAAAACUAGUUACCGUAUGGUGAGAAUUGAGAGAGUUUUCUUGCAGAAACCUUACAACAUGGGCAAGUUUUACACUAACCAGUAUUUUGGUGUUACUCAAGGUAAAGACAGAAAAGUUUUUCAAAUGAAUUAUUUUAGUGAUGGUUUGUUCGCUGAUGAUGAAUAUCAAAGAUACCUCAGGGCUUUGGAUAAUUCGCAAAUUGUCAAACCUUCUUUACAUUCUUUGAAUAAUAAAACGAAGGAGGUUAUGGAUUUUGUAAAUACACCACUGACCGAUAAAACUACAGAUGAGGUUGUUCGUCAUAGGAUGCAAUUUAAUAAGAAGCUAUCCGGUACGAAUGCAGUAUUAGAGAAAACUGUAUUGAGAGAGAAACUACAGUAUGCUAAGGAAACAAACAAUGAAAAAGAUAUUGCAAAAUACUCCGCCCAAUUAAGGAAUUUUGAGAAGCGAAUGUCUGUGUACGAAAAGCAUCACGAGAAUGACCAAUCUGAUAUAAAAAAAUUGGGAGAGUUAACCUCUAAGAAUAGAAAGUUAAAUAUGAGCAACAUCAGAAAUGCGGAGCAUGUUAAGAAAGAAGAUGUCAAUAAUUUCGAUUCGAAGAGUGAUCCUUUCAGUCGGCUAAAAACCAGAACUAAAGUUUAUUAUCAGGAGAUACAGAAGGAAGAAAACGCAAAAGCCAAAGAGAUUGCACAACAAGAGAAACUACAAGAAGAUAAAGUUGCUAAGGAAAAACGUGAGAAAGAGCUGCUUCUGGCACAGUUUAGACGUCUUGGUGGAUUGGAGCGCAUGAUCGGUGAGUUAGAUAUCAAAUUUGACUUCAAAUUUUAA